UGCAGAGCUGCAUAGGCUGGUGGUGAUUUUCCUCACGGGCCCUUCCUUUCCCCGACUGCGGUCCGCCCCAACCGGCAGAAUAAUAGCAGCAGCGAUUCGCGCAUGAGCAGACAUGGCGGGCGGCAUGAGCUUCAUGGAUGCGCUUCGAGUCGCGGCGAAGACGAAAGACGCGCCAUGCGAGUGGUACGGGCCUCAAUGCGCCUGGCCUACGAAUUCCGUCCCCGAGGCUCUCAAUAGUAGCCACGAACCCGUUUCAGUGCCGAGCCUCUCCAUGCCGAGCCUCCAACCGCCGAGCCUUCAGGCGCCGAGUCCGAGAAAGCGAAGGCAAUGCGGCCCGGAAACUCCGCGGAAAAGCCGCUCCGAGUCGCCAGUCGCUGCAGAUCUUACUAAUGCGGCUCCAAGAACCGGUAGUACAGAUCUUACUAUUGAGACCCCUAAUGUCGGCGGAGAAUGGCCUACAAUGGCGGAGAAGCCUCGGGCUUCUAGCGCCGCUCAAUGCGCUACCACCUCGCAGUAUGGAACUCUUAGCACCCCCCAAUGCGGCGCUAUUGCUGCCGCCCAAUGCGGUGCUACUACCGCCCAAUGCGGUGCUACUACCGCCACGCAGCGUUCGCCUCGUCCGCCGCGGCGCCGUCGCGACGCUCGACAGCCUCCGCUAACGCUGAGGACCGUCGCUUUGGCCCCCUCUCCGGAAGCAGAUCCCGCCAAGGAUUCCACUCCUCCGCCGCUCCGCUUGACACCUCCCCCCACCUUCUCCGCCUUCGCCCCCCUCCCCGCCUCCGCCCACUCCGCCGCCUUCCCCGCUUCCCCCAAGCUGCUCGUUUUGCCGGAUUCCACCUUCCUUCCUUCCCCGCGCAUCCCAGACCCGCGUUCCGCUUCUCCGCGGACGUGUGUGACCGCGCCUUUUGAGGCGCCUCAAAUUGUCCCGCGGCGUUCCGCGGACUCUCCGCGGGCGUGCAACACUGCGCCGGCCACUCCCUCGUGUCCGCGCUUCGUCGAGCCCCGAUUGGGCCGAGCGCGCACGUGUGUCGUCGCUGUCGACAACGGCGGAACGGCGCCAGAAUCCGCUGCGGGCGCAUCCGCCAUUCGCCGAACGGCAUCCGGCGGCUUGGCCGACUCCCCCGCCGCCGUUUACACCGCCGACGUUUCCCCCGCAUCUGCAUGCGCAACGACUGGAGGACCUGACCGCGUUGACUGCAUUGACCGCGUUGUCCACGUUGACCGUGUUGACCGGGUCAACGGCAACGCGCCGGCAUGGGAAUGGGCCGAAGCUGUCGGCAUGGAUAUCAUGUUGGACUUCCAGCCAUCGGUGAGAGAAAAGCCCGAGCCUGGGGCCCCGAGCCCUGGCUCGAACAGUCCUGUGGAGUGCGAGGCGAUAGCCGGCGAGAAGCGAGAGAGAGGCGGCGAGUGCGACGAGGGGAAGCGGAACUCAACCCCGUCGGCGGACGAGAAGCCGAGCCUGCGCGAGGAGAAGCCGAGCCUGUGCGAGGAGAAGCCGAGCCUGAGCGACGAGAAGCCGAGCCUGUGGGACAUCAUCCAAUGGGAAGCCGACAUGAUCUCGUCCGUGUGCUCAUCGGCUACUACUAGUAGUAGUCUUAAAUCUCCUAGACUUACCUCCUCCCUUGCUCUCUCCGCCUCUCCCCUCCCCUCCUCUCUCUCCGCCUCCGCUCUCCCCACCACUCCGCCUCCCACGCCGUCCGCCUCGAAAACGUCGCUGACGGUCCAGAUCUGCGACGACGGGAGGGCCAACGGCGGGGAUCUGUCGUUCUUCGAGGAGCUGCUGCGGGAGUUCGGCGUGGCGGAGGGGGAAGAGUUGGGGGAUGAAGCGGGGGAAGAAGCGGGGGAAGAAGCGGGGGGAGAUUGGGGGGACGACGCGGGACGGGCGGAGGAUUCGGGUGGUUAUCCGAAAAAAAUGGAGGAUACGGGGAACGCGCACGACAGGGGGAGGUUAACGAUCGAGAGCAAGUGUAUUUUCGAGCCGAUUCAAGAAAUGUCGGAGGGGGGGGCGGAGAUGGAGGUCGAAACGGGGGACGAGGCGGGCACGCCAGGGGAGAAGCUUUCGCGCGAGCAGCUUGCUGCUGCCAGCAACUUUUUAAGCAGCGUUCAGCAGGGGCGGGAUUGCUGGCAAGGGGAGUCGGAAAGGGAGGCGGAAAGGGAGGCGGAAAGGCAGCAGCAGCAGCAGGAGCAAGAGCAGCAUGCGCCGCGGAUUCAGAAGCGUUUUUCGGCUUCGAGUUUACUGGAUGCCGCCGGGAAUGGCGCCUCUUGCGCGCUUGCUUAUGCGCACCCGCCCGCGCAUGGUUCUCCGCGUGCCCCUGCUGGCGGAUUCGCUCAGCUGUGGUCCGAAGCGUGGGCGGAAGACGCGAGCGCGGAACUGCCAGGGCUGGCGGGGAAUUGCGCGUUCUGGUUGUGAUGUUCUGGCGAGAAUCUGUACGCGCUACAAGCUCCUGCUUCAAUCAUGUGUUACCUGGCGAUGCUCUGGUUUCAGAAGAGAAAUGCCCAGAAAUACACGUGAAAUUCCACCUGUCUAUGCCAUGGGCAUCAGGUCAUUGACACUGGGCAGAGAAGAAAAACUGCUGCUACCGACUCCACUCAGCGAAUACACUCCGUGAUUUGUCACGAGGGGAAACUUACAGCUACUACCAUGAUUUGUCGCGAGGUAACUCCGUCGAGUAUACUUCAACAUGAGGCCGUCAUCCUCUGAUGCCAGAAGGAUGAGAACCCAAGGCUCUCCGAUUUGUUGUUAAGCCUCAUCUCACCUGGGGAUGAUUUGGAGUAGGAGCCCUUCGCUUGUGGCUGGAAGCUCCAGCCAAGCUCUUCACUUGGUGUCACUCUUUGCGUUGCAUGACCCGUCUGUCAACCUUCGCCGUUGCAUUUACCCCUCCAGCUAGAAGCAGCCGUUCUCCUUCAUUCUGGCACAGCCACCGCACAGCCCCCUUACCGCCGCCAUCCGCACAGCCACCCUCUCCCCGCCACCCUCUCACCACCACCCACGUCACCAUCACCCUCUCGCCUUCGCCCUCUCACCGUCGCUCUCUCACCGCCGCCCUCUCACCGCCAUCUUGUCGGAACUAUCAAGAGUUGGUUUCUGUUGUAUUCCUCGUAAUUGCCUCAGCAGCUCAUGUCCACUAUAUGACCGCCAUUAUGUUUUAUUACCCCAUUAUAUUG